AUGACGACGACAAGGGAUCAAGGGGAUGCAGAUGAGGCGUAUAUAAUACGGUCUGAGCAGAAGGAUGCGUACCAUUUGGCGCAGCUGGCGUCGCUCGCCGAGCCCGUGGCCAGGGGAGUGCUGGGCUCGCGGUUUAUGGAUACGCGUGGUGGCUCAAUCAGCGUCGCAUUGCUGACUAUAUACACGGCAAUCACGACUGGCUUUGGGAGAAGGACGCUUGGAGAGGAGUACACAAACGUACAGCAGUGGAAAGGGCACAAGAUGUUGAGCUGGAAGAUGCGGGCGCUUCUCGUGCUCUCUAUCCCUGCGCCGCACAUACUCAAGUAUCUGAUAGGCAGGAGUGGCGUAAUCAGUAGACUGAGCCCAACACUGCGGCGAUUGCUUUCGAUAUUAAGCAGCAGCACCACCUGGGACAUUGCACGCACGCUCAACCUCAUUGCAUUCUACUGCGGUAGCAAAUACCACACCAUCAAGCAGCGCAUUUUUCAGAUAAGAUAUAUCGAUACAUCGCCAGCCACGCAGCAGCACACAGACAAGCCAUUCGAGGUGCUGGGAUACAUGCUGUGCGUGCGCCUGGCACUGCAGCUGGGCGCGCUGGCAAAGCCAUAUCUGCCGCAGGUGCCGCUGGGUGCGGUGGAGGUGCCUGCGGUGGAGAUGGACGGACGCAGAGUGAGUCUGAUCGGAGAGAAAGAGGAACCUGUGGAAGACACGCGCGAGACUGCACAGCAUAAUUGCGCAGACGCCCACUCGUGCCUUGCUCCUCGGGAUCGAGAAAUGGCGGACGGGGCUGGACACAGAAAGUGCACGCUGUGUUUGGAAAACCGCACAGCGACGGCAGCAAUGCUUUGCGGACAUCUGUAUUGCUGGAGCUGUGUGGAUAGCUGGCUCAGAGAAAAGAACGAAUGCCCGCUGUGCAGACAGCACACGACACAGAAAGAUGUAAUACCAAUCUACAACUUGUAA